CAAUCUACCAGUAGAUCAUAAACUAGAGAUGAGUUUUUUUCCUAUUAAUGUACUUGAGGAAAGGGCUAAAGAUUGUUUCUGGUUAAGCUGAAUAAAGUUCAGAAUUUGUAGAAAUUUAAAGUGAUUUUGGGGAAUAUUAAAUUUAGUUUUGAGCUCUCCAAAAGUUACAUUACAUACGUGUAAUGAAAUGUGGAUUGUUAAUGUUGAAACGUUGUUGGAAAAAAAUAUGUUUCAGACUGAAGUUUUAGAUUUCUAUUUAUUAAAAGAAGGAGAAAUACCAUAGACAUGUAUUUUUUCAUAUAUUAAAUGAAUUACUUGAGUCAUAGCUGUGCAGCAGGUAACACACAUGAAUUGACAUGAAACAUCCAGUGUCCAGAGUGUUUCUUACUUCAGCUACAGGGUGUGCGCACGUGUGUUGUGAACCAUCAGGUGAAUGAAACAGGUGAUCGAGUGAAUGAGCAGAUAAUCCCAGACACAUAAUCUGAAAUCAUGCAGACGGCAGGAGAACGCUGUUGUUGCUUCUGCUCCUCUUCGUGUCACGUUGUCAACAGUUUAAGGUGCUGGAGCUGCCUGCAGCUGUUUCAUGUGAUGAUGGAGGCAUGUCCAGGGUGUCCCUUGCCUCUGCCCCCAUGUUGCUUCUGUGACCCCAGUAAGGGAGGAGGUGAAAGGAAAAAGUUGCGGGUGAUCUGAUAAACAAAUGUCUUUGUUAUGGUGAUGUAAUUCUUGAUGAUGAGGACAAGAGAAGCCCUUCAGAUGCGUCAGUGAUGAGAGUGCGGCGUCAUAAUCGUCUCUAACCCUGGGGUUUAUAAGAGAGGUGUGAAGGACAACUCCGCUCUCACUGGGAGGAUUCAGCAGGUGACAUUCACACUGAUACCGACGGCAAGCAUGAAUCUAGAUGUGGCCAGACCUGAGGCGAAGACCGGCACCAAAGCGCCACUCAGAGCCACGGCGCCGGGGUCACCACGCAAAGGCCCGCCCAAAUUCAAGCAGAGGAACAGCCGUCAGUUCAAGAGCAAACCCCCCAAGAGAGGAGUCAUCGGUUUCGGGGAGGAGAUCCCGGGCAUGGAAGGCCUCGGCACCGAUAUCACAGUCAUCUGCCCGUGGGAAGCUUACAGUCACCUAGAGCUGCAUGAACUGGCUCAGUACGGAAUCAUCUGAGACACAUGUCUGGAAUAUGCUGCUUCCAGUCUGUAAAUACAAUAGAUGACAGCAGAACGUAUGUUUUAUACACUCAAUCCAUUUUCUGAAGCCACUAAAAUUCAGUUCAUGAAAGGAUAAUAAAGUUUUUAACAAAU